AUUCUAUCAAGGGAGCAAAAUAUACCUCGAGUUACUAUGGAGUGUCCAUCCUACAUACAUAUGUAAUCUCACAUAUUCAUACGCUCUGUUGUUGUAGUGAUGGAGGAGGUCGUAGUUUUGAUUGUGGGCGCAGGGCCUGCAGGGCUCGCAACUGCAGCAUGCCUUAGCCAAUUCUCCAUCCCCUAUGUCAUCGUUGAACGUGAGAAUUGCAGCGCAUCACUAUGGCGCAACCGCACGUAUGACCGGCUGAAGCUACAUCUAGCGAGGGAAUUUUGUGAGUUGCCACACAUGCCGUACCCAGCAGAUACCCCAACAUACAUACCAAAGAACACUUUCAUCAAGUACGUGGAUGACUACAUUGAGUGUUUCACUAUCCAUCCGAGGUAUCUCACUGUUGUUGAGUCAUCCACAUAUGACUUCAAUGGAAAAUAUUGGUCCAUCAUGGCGCACGACAUGGCAAAGUGCACAAUAGUUAAUUACAGGGCGAAGUUUCUUGUUGUGGCAAGUGGUGAGAAUAGUGUUGAGAAUAUUCCAGUGGUCCCUGGCCUGGAAAACUUCCCGGGUGUGGCCAUCCACUCAUCAUGUUACAAGUCAGGCAUCGACUACUCCAGGAGGAAUGUGUUGGUCAUCGGAUCUGGUAACUCUGGGAUGGAGAUCGCCUACGACCUUGCUUCUCAUGGUGCCAAUACUUCUAUAGUUAUACGAAGUCCGAUUCAUGUAAUGACAAAGGAAUUAAUCCGACUAGGGAUGACACUUGUCCAUUAUCUUCCACUAAAGAUGAUAGAUGGUCUCCUUUUGAUGAUGGCAAAUUUCGUAUUCGGGGACCUCUCUAGGCAUGGCAUCACAAGACCAGAAAAGGGUCCACUUGUCCUGAAGUCGGAAACUGGUCGAUCCGCAGUGAUUGAUGUUGGCACCAUAGGGUUAAUCAAGAAUGACAAAAUUAAAGUUCAUGGAAGGAUUACUAAGAUCAAAGGAAAAAUAAUUGAAUUUGAAGGUGGGAAGGAAGCCUCCUUUGAUGCCAUUGUGUUUGCAACCGGAUACAAAAGCACAGCAAAUUCAUGGCUCAAGAAUGAUAAGGACAUGCUAAAUAGCGAUGGCUUGCCCAAGAAGGAAUUCCCUAAUCAUUGGAAAGGGGCAAAUGGGCUCUAUUGUGCCGGGUUAGGGAGAAGGGGAUUGGCUGGUAUUGCCAUGGAUGCUAAGAACAUCGCCAAUGACAUUAAACGUAGCAGACUCUAUGUGCAGCUAAAUUAGCAUUUAUAUGUCUUCUACUAGGAGAAAAGUGUUGGAUUCCUACAAUUUAUCCAUAAUAGGUUCGAUCAGAUGCUGCAAAAUUUAGUUCAUGUCAGAGUCCUAUAUGAUACUCCCUCCGUUCCUAAAUAUAAGCAUUUUCAGAGAUUUCAAUAUGGACUACAUACGGAGCAAAAUGAGUGAAUCUACACUAUAAAAUAUGUCUAUAUACAUUUGUAUGCAGUCCAUAUUGAAAUCUCUUAAUGGGCUU